UCUUGUUUUGUUAUCGGAGUUUCAGCAGCAUCGAGUUGUUUGUCUCCUCACGAUGUGCGCUUGUGUUGAGGAUUACAAGAAGGUGCUCAAUUUUUGGGAUCCCGUGAAGGCUAAUCCCAAGUACUAUGGGGAGAUUAUUUUUCAGCGCUUGUUUGAGACCCAUCCAGAUGUUCAGAAGCUGUUCCCUAAGUUUGCUGGCCUUUCCAAAGAGCAGCUGCAGAACAAUCCUGACUUCCAGGCCCAUGGGGAAACUGUCGUCUGCAAGCUGACAGAAUUUGUGCAACAUCAAAAGGCAGACGAGUCAUUUGUGAAGGGGCAGGCAAAACGUCGUUGGCAUGACAAGGUCAACUUUCGGAUCAUCAGUGAAAUCAUUGUCGUGGUGGCAGCAGAGAAGAUUGAUGGUUUUGGCACUGAUGCUCAAACUGCCCUGAAGAAUGUGCUGAAGGCGUUUCAAACUGGCAUGGGGGCUUGAUAUGAUGGUGUUUGAGCUCCUGUAUGAAUAAAACUACUUCAAAAAG